AUGACGACCUUCAUUCCCAGCUUAACGCUGCCAGCAGCCAUAUUUGCCAAUCCAAGUGCUUCGGUUCUCUUACCCGUUACUCUUGGAUCUGCUAUUGGUUUCGCAGUUCGACCAAAAGAAACUCAAAAGACCUACAUGGCACUCAAACAACCCCCAUUCCGUCCACCUCCCUAUGUCUUCGGUCCCGCCUGGACUCUCCUCUACGGUCUCAUGGGAUACUCUGCCUACCGCGCCUACUCUACCGGAUUAUCUCCUCUGGCAUCUGCUGAAAAACAUCUUCUUUUCAAACAAGGUGCUACACUGUAUACUAUUCAACUCGGCCUCAACCUAAUCUGGAUGCCCCUCUUCUUCUCCCUCAAACGCCCCAUCCUCGCCACCGUCGACAUUGUCGCCCUCACCGGAACUGUCUCCUACCUCACCUACAUCUGGGGCCAAGUCGACACCGUUGCCGCCUGGGCCCUCGCUCCCUACGUCGGUUGGCUCGGAUUCGCUACCUAUCUCAGCGCCGGAGCCGGCUAUCUAAACGAUUGGAACUUCAGCGACAAGGAAGUGGAGAAGAGUCCCAAGGGAAAGGGAACCAAGUAUGUGGAUGAGAAGGAAGAGUAG